AUGCAGCGUCUCGAAACUGGCUGCAAAUGUGUGAUUGUGACGUCUUGCCCUCUCAGCAGAAGCCUGGCCCACACGGCGAUUGUCAAGCCCAUAAAUCGGCCUAACUUGCCACAGCACAUACACAGUCGGGCCGAGUUACUUAUGCACAGGAUAAACAGUUUUACUGCCAAACAUUAUCAAGCAUCCAUCGCGAGGGUGUCUACAUCCAUUAGCGAAUACGAUGCUUCCAACAUUGUCUUAAACCCCGCAAAUGCCCUUGGCGUCAUGUGUUAUCGCUCUACUUCGCUACAUUACGACAAACCUGGUUUUCUCUAG